AUGUAUGAUGGACAAAUCAAAGCGCUUGUGGAAAAGGGAUCAGCAAGGAAACUAACUCAAGAGGAGAUCCAAACGCAUACAGGGCCUGUACACUACAUUAGUCAUCACGCAGUAGACCGUCCGGAAAAGAAGACAACUCUGUGUCGCAUCGUCUUCAAUUCAGCUGCGAGUUAUCAGGGACAUGUACUAAACGAAUAUUUGCGGAAAGGACCAGAUUUGCUCAAUAAUCUUCUGGGGGUGCUAACACGAUUUCGAGAGAACCACGUAGCCAUCGUAGGGGAUGUAUCAAAAAGGUAUCACCAAAUUCUAGUUGAUCCCGUACGUGAUGCACACACCCAUCGAUUCUUAUGGCGGGACUUCGAAAAGCGCGCGCCAGACGUGUAUGUUAAGCAGAUGCUAACAUUUGGAGAUGUCUCAUCACCAGCACUAGCUAACACAGCUAUUGACCUCACCACAGAAGAAUACGAAGAGACCUUCCCGGAGGCUGUGGCCACGAUCAAGCGGUGUCGCUACAUGGAUGACAUCGGCGAUUCGUUACCUACUAUCCCAGCAGCAACCAAACGUACUGAGGAGAUCGAUGAAAUAUUCGAUAGCGGACACUUCAAAAUAAAAGAAUGGAUUUCGAAUGAACAACUUGGGAGAAAUGGAAACCCAGCAUCGGAUAAUUCGGAUCAGAUGGGAGACGAGAAGUUUUUGGGAGUGUUGUGGGACAGGGACCAGGACAACAUAUCAAUACCCAUGAAGAUACCCAAAUGUUUCUCAGCAACCGUGGAACGCACAUGCUGGAACAUGCCUGACAAACUAACAAAACGGAUAGUUCUAAGCGCGUUGGCAGAAGUGUAUGACGUUAUAGGCCUCGUUACACCCGUUAUCCUGACUGCAAAAAUUGGUCUACAAGACUUGUGGAAGGAAGGUUACCAAUGGGACCAGGAACUCCCUGAAUCCGUCAGAACCAAAUGGAUGAAUUGGUUCACAAGUUUGGAACGCCUGAAAACGCUUAAGUUUGAACGCUGUCUGACUCCGUUGGCGUGCGAGGGACGUCCAGUACUUGUAAUCUUUUGUGAUGCGUCUCUGAGUGGGUUCGGCAGUGUUGCAUAUCUCAGGUGGGCAACCACAGACGGUUAUCAGAUUCGGUUCGUUAUGGCAAAGUCACGAGUGGCCCCCCUAAAGCCACUUACUAUUCCGCGGUUGGAAUUACAAGCUGCUGUGAUGGCUAGCAGGCUGAAUGACUUCAUCCGAGCUGAAACCCGACUUCAACUGGAGAAAACCAUUCUUUUUUCGGAUUCAAUGAUUGUUCUCUCAUGGAUAAAGCGAACAACCAAUAAGCAAAAUAGUUGUUCUGCUCCCCGCAGAAGGCUGGUCUGA